UCGCGGCGGCCGGUCAGUGCGAGGACGGUCUUCUCCUGGGACGGACAGCCGCUCCAGUGUUGUCACUUGGUACACAGUGCAGUGGCGCCACGCGGUGGCUGUUGUUUUGAUCGACGGGACUGAGUGCGCUGAAGAUCGUUAAGUCCUGCAACAAGAACUGUCGAGUGAAGUGCCUGAGUGCGGUCUCUGCAAGCGGCGCAGUGCGUUUUUGAACGGUUUGCAAGAACUCCGCGGCCACACGAUGCUGGUGCUGAUCCUGGUGGGCGUCGUCAGCGUCCUGGCGACCGCGCUCUACUUGUUCCUGGACCGCAGGUACUCCGUGUGGAAGAGGAGAGGCGUGCCGGGACCACCGGCUUCCGUCAGCCUGUCGGUGCCCAAGCUGCUUCUGGGACAAGAGAGCAUGGGCGACAUCGCGGAGCGCAUCUACUCCGAGUUCAGGGACUCGCCCAUCGCCGGCUCGUACGUGUUCGGCAGCCCCGUGCUGCACCUGCACGACCCCGAGGUCAUCAAGCACGUCCUCAUCAAGGACUUCCAGGACUUCAACGGACGGGGCGGGGACUCAGACAACCCCGACCCUCUGGCCUCCAACCUGUUCCUGCUGCACGGGGCGCGCUGGAGGAACCUGCGCGUCAAGCUGGCGCCCACCUUCACGUCCGGCAAGAUCAAGUACAUGUUCGACACCUUCAACAAGUGCUCCGAAAACAUGGCCGACUACUUGUCGGAGAAGAUCGCUGCUAACGGCGGUAAGCACACCGAAGACGCCCGGCCGCUCAUGAUCCGCCUGUUCGUGGACACCAUCUGCUCGGUGGUCUUCGGCAUCGAGAGCAACGUGAUCAAGAACCCCGACUCCGAGUUCUUCCACGCCGCCCUGGAGGCCGUGAAGCCCUCCUACCCCAACUUCUUCCGGGCCCUGGUGGCCCUCUUCGGCCACGACUGGCGGAAGGUCGUCCGCACCGGCUUCUCCAGCGCGGACUCGCAAGCCUUCUUCACCAAGAUCGUCGAGGAGACGGUGGAGUACCGCGAGAAGAACAACGUGGAGCGGCCCGACAUGAUGAACCUGCUGAUCCAGCUCAAGAACAAGGGCUUCGUGGCGCCCGACAAGGAGGUCGACAGCCAGGACGAGAAGUAUGAGGCCGUCUCGGGCGACCUGCAGAAGCUGGACAUCAAGGACGUGACCGCGCAGGUGUUCGUCUUCUUCCUGGCGGGCUUCGAGAGCUCCUCCGGCACCACGUCCUUCACGCUCUACGAGAUGGCCAAGCAGCCCGCCGUGCUGGCCAAGGCCCUGGAGGAGGUGGACCGCACCCUCAAGGAGCACAACGGCAAGAUCUCCUACGAGUCCGUCAUGAGUAUGACCUACCUGGACAAGUGUGUGAGCGAGACGCUGCGCAUGUACCCGCCGCUGGGCUUCGUGUCGCGCGAGGCCAUGGUGACGCGCAAGGUGCCGCUGACCGACGUGACGGUGGACAAGGGCACGCGCGUGGUCAUCCCCAUCCACGCCCUGCACUACGACCCCAAGUACUGGCCCAACCCCAACCUGUACGACCCCGAGCGCUUCAGCGAGGAGCAGAAGAAGACCCGGCCGUCGCAAGUCUACCUGCCCUUCGGUGACGGACCGCGCAUUUGCAUCGCUGCCCGGCUCGGCGUGGCGCAGAUCAAGACGGCCCUGGUCACGCUGCUGGCCAAGUUCACCGUGGUGCCCAACGCCCAGUGCGUGGACAAGGUGAAGCUCCACCCACGCAGCUUCGCCACCGCGCCCCAGUACCCCCUCAACCUCACCUUCGUGGCCCGGUCCAAGCGCGCCACCGUGUAGUGGGCCAGCCGACCAGCCGGUCGCGCUCAGUAUGCCAAAGAGACUGGCCCUGGAGGGCCUGUUUGCAUGAGACACUCAGGUUGAGACCUAGUCUCUCAAUUUCAAUGCCGAACGCAAUUAUGCCUUUCCUUAAUUCUCGCCGAACACUGUGAGAAUGACUAGAGGUUUCCCCGCUCGGUGUGGGCUGGAAAAAAAGCACUCAGUACCUGCUGUACAUAAUUAUCUUUCUCGAUAAAGAAUGUAAGAGUAAGAUAGUUUCUGAACUGAGAUAGUUAAAAUUAACUGUGAUGAUCCCACAGUAUUGGGAAAUAUUGUAUAUUGUAGAUAGGGGGAAGGGCCUUGCGUGAAUACCCCACGCACGAAAAAUAGCCAUUAGGAUUCUCAAACGCGGGGUAGAGACGCGCACUUUUCUUUUCGGUGUGUGCUUAGUGCUAAUGGAACGGAAGUUCCUGACUUUUCGUCUGCGACAGGCACUCGACAAGCUUUUAGUGCCAUAACUGGGAGUGAAUCUUUUGUGCGCGGGAGACUGGUCACGCUGGCCGGCCAUUGUACAUAGUGUCGAUAAAAAAUAAAGUGGUCACUGCUGUUUUACGAA